GGAGAGGAGGGCGGGGGUAUGCAGUACAUUAAUGAUCAUCGUUAAUUAGGCACAGGUUAUAUCUCUUGUAUAUAAGGGCUUCGCUGCUCCCAACUCGUGGCUUCCACGUGGUGGGUUCGUUGGUCCUCCGAAUGAGAGGCGGAGCCGCACAGCUAAGUGAAGGUGAUCGUGGAGGUGUCCAUCGAUCGGCGUCUGGCUUGCCCUACCGUUCGUCUACCUGUCCCCUCUCGAGCUUCCGUCCGCCCACGUGAAGACUUUGAGGGCUUCUGUCUGGGCCGCUCUGCACAGUGCCCGUGAUGAGAGCCACUCGGCACUGAGCAGAGGAGGAGCCGGGAGGAGACCUCCCGUCAUCAUCAAACGUCGUCGUCGUCGUCCUUGCCACCUCUGUCCUCUUCACGAUGAGGCGGUUACUGGCGCUGGCCGUCGCCCUGCUGCUUCUGGACUCUGUCGCGCUCGCUGUGGGGUCGCGGGAGGGCACGACACAGCACCUCCCCUACAGGACCCGGAGAAGUCUGUCGGCGGGGAGGGCGCUGCUCUCGUGCCCGCGGGGUUGCUCCGUCUGCUCGGCUGCCAACGGCUGCCUGCUGUGCGCACCGCGCCUCUUCUUCCACCUGCAGCGCGUGGGCAUGCGCCACCUGGGCCAGUGCCUCCUCGCCUGCCCCGCCGGCCACUACGGCCAGCGCAACGCCAUCGCGCACCGCUGCAUGCGCUGCCAGGUCCCGCACUGCGAUAGCUGCUUCGGGCACUCGUUCUGCACGCGCUGCUCACGCGGACACUUCCUGUACCGUGGCCACUGCGGGACAGGCUGUCCCAUCGGACACGAGGGGGACAACCGCACGCAGGACUGUCUCCCCACAGUGGACUGCGAGGUGUCCCCAUGGGGGCCAUGGUCCGCGUGUGAACGGAGGGGGAGGACGUGCGGCUACAAGUGGGGGGCCCAGGAGAGGAGGCGCAGUGUGACGAGGGCCCCCUCCCCCCAUGGGCAGCACUGCCCGCCACUCCAGCAGGCUCAGCGCUGCCGCGUGCAGCCCAGGUUUUGCCCCGGGGACGAGCUAGGUCCGCUGAGGCAGAAGAUGCGUUUGGAGCAGAAGAGGAGAAGAGGGUUCACAGUGACGAGGAAAUUCGAGGUCGAGCCCUGACAUCAACCCGCGACUGCGCGUCACCAACAGCCACAACAACCACCACCUGCUGCACCACCACAAUGAUCAGCGACAGCGGUAUACCAACACCACUACCACCACCACCACGAGCAGCAGCACCGUGAAGAUUUAAACCGCGUGGGAUUUUGCGGUUGUGCCAUGACGGCUCUCUGGUUUGUUCAGGUCGUGCCUCGUGUUGUUGGGCACGAUGUCUGACGUUUUGUCUCCACGUGCGGCAGAAGUUCCUGGAAACAAAACGUCGGACACUGCACCGAAACAGCACGCAGUGGAGACGGCAUGUAAACGUUUCACCACGGUCAUUUUUAUGUCCGUUUUUCGUUUUUAGGAUCGUAAAAGCCGCACAGAACAAAAAUGUUCCUUGUAUUGUGCUCAAUGGAGAAAAUGUCUUGAACAUUUUUGAAAAUCUCUGCUGUGAUCGUUUAAGUUUAUUUAAAGUAAUUCGUACAAAUGUUUUUGCUUUUCAGGGUUUAUUUGGAUGGGCGCUACAGUGCAAAAAAAUCUGUGCUGGUUGGAGACAUGUGAAAUAAUGUCUAAGUUUUGGCCACGGCGGGGGGGGGGGGGGGUUUGUACAAAUAGUUGUGUUUGUAAAAUCUUUUAUUUGCGUUGACAUUUUUUUAGUAUUUGGUUUGCCCUCCAGUGCAAAAACAAAUGAAAUUUGCACGAGGGCAUGUGGCCUACUUGUUGCGAGUGCCCCACUAUUUUUGAGUUUUAUUUUACGAAAAAAAAGUUUCU